CCCCCCCCCCUCGGAGCAGUGCAGCCCCCUCCCCUCGUGCAUGCAGCUCCCUCCCCCUCGCACCUGACGUCAGCUUUCUGGGCUUCUCCUCCAAGCCCCUCCGAUGCAUUUGGACUCUCGGCUCUUUGGCACCGGGAACAAUGAGUCGCUGCCGGCUUGCAAGCUUCGCCCGCGCCUGCCUCCUGCUCCUGGCCGGCUGCUGCUGCAGCAGAGGAGGAGCGGAUAGCAAUGUGGCAGUCUAUAUGCCGGAUUUGGUGGAGGCAAAGCUUGGGGACACAGCCAUUAUAAAAUGCGAGUUCGCCCUCCCAGAGAAUGGCAGCUACGUUUACGUCAACUGGUACUCGAUGGAGAAGGGCAAAAUGGAAAGGAAGAAGAUUAUCUACAUGGUCCAGGGCAAAGAACACCAAGAUGAGCCUUACAAUGACCGGUUAAGCAUCACGCCUGAUUUCUUCCUCAAGAUUAGCAAGGUGGUCCUGCAGGAUGCCAAGAAUUAUGUGUGCCAGGUGGGGUUCGGCAUGCACGGCGUCGCUGAGAACCGGAGUGAACUGCGCGUCUCCAAAGCUCCAGAAAAACCUGAGAUUCAGAAGACUAAUCGUGGCAUCAGCACAGGAGACCCUCAUUUGAAUGAGAUUGCAACCUGCACCAGCCGCAAUGGCUAUCCAACACCAACCCUCACAUGGUACAAGGAUGGAGUCCCUCUGAAGUUGGAUGGGAAUGAAAUUGAGAUCCGUCCUGGGCUCAUCAAGGAAUCAAGUGGCCUGUGGACUGUCCGCAGCACCCUUUCGGCAAAAGUCACCAAAGAAGACCGCAGUGCUGAGUUCUACUGCCAAGUCAGUUACACCCUGAUGGGGAAUAACAAGACAUCCAAGUCGGACAGCUUCAAAGUCGACGUUCAUUACCCCUCUGAGAGUCUCCGCUUCGUGAUUGAUGCUCCAGGCCCGGAUGUGAAGGAGGGAGAUAAUGUGACGCUGCGCUGCGAAGCGGAUGGGAAUCCGCCACCUCUGUAUACUUUGUACAGAAUGGAGGAGGAGGAAGACCCCGAACAGGGUUCUGAACAGGGGUUCCUGCACCUUUACAACAUCACCAAGGAGCGCAGCGGGGUCUACCAGUGCAAAGUGCUGGACUUGCAGGACGUUGCGCUUGUGGAGCUGACGGCCAACGUGACUCUGCUGGUGAACUAUCUUGAUGAGCCGACGAUAACCUCUGUGCCUCCGGUGACCUCACUCAAACAGCUGCAGGAAGGAGAGGAUGCACUCCUUACCUGUAAUGCAACAGGCUCCAAGUCCUUGGUAUUCCACUGGGAAAAGAAAGGGAAGGUGAUUGAGAAGGGGAAUCUUCUGAACUUGACCAACGUCGGCUACGACACCUCAGGCAAAUACACCUGUGUUGUACGGAUGCCGAUGCCAGACACCCCUGCCGUCUCCCGCUCCAAACAGGUUCAAGUGACCGUCCAUGCAAAACCAGUGCUGGUUGCACGGAAGGAAGUGGUGCAUGUGCAAUCAGGCGAGAAGGUGAACUUAACGUGCGUCGGGUACUCGACACCCCCCUUGCUAAUCUCAUGGAGUGUCAAUGGAACGGUCUCUACUUCAGGCAUGCAGGGUCACCAGCGCAGCAGCACAGUCCUGUUCCAAGUCACCGAAGCCCUUCUGGAAUCGGGAGUCAAUUGCAGCGCCAAAAACAGGAUGGGCACCACUCAGCACCACUUCAUGCUGGCACAGAGGAAAGAAGGAGGAACGCCCAAUGCCAAGACUGCAGAGCAGACAGUACAGGAGAGCAAAGGUGUGAUCAUUGUGGCUGUCGUCAUCUGCAUCCUGGCAAUUGCUGUCCUGGGCGCCGUCCUUUACUUCCUGCACAAGAAAGGGAAGCUCACCUGUGGCCGCUCAGGCAAACAAGAGAUCACAAAACCCGAAGCGCAUAAAGACGAGAUUGUAGUUGAAGUUAAGUCAGAUAAACUUCCUGAAGAGGCGGGGCUCCUGCAGGGCGCCAACGGCGAGAAGAGAUCGGCAGGUGACCAGGGAGAGAAAUACAUCGAUUUGAGGAACUGAGGAGGGAGAGACAGCUGUGCCCCUUCGAAGAUUUCUCCUGUUCCUUCUCGAUGCCUCCACCCCUCUUGCUCCCCUGGCCAGAGUCUUUCAGAUGCACAGCAGCAAAUAAGGCACAAGAUGGCUCCACAGCAAAUACUUUGCAACCUCACCCUCAGGUUUUUGAAGGACAAAGGCAGCUGAAGCAGAUCAGCAGUUUUCAGACCAAAAA